AUGAGAACAACAUAUAGAACUAAUAAUAAAACUAUUAUUAUUUCUCUUGCAGGACGUGCUGCUGGUGUUUUAUAUGCUGGAGCCCAAGCAACACCAGAUGUUGGCGCCGGAGCCGUAUUGGGUGGAGAUACAUCUCAAGGUGGUUUUAGUGGUUCUCAAGCAUAUGCCAAUGGUAAGGUUUCCAGUCGUACACGAACCAUUGUGGCCGGAAAUACACAAAAAGUCCAUGAAGGUGAACAACCACAGUUGCCGCCACAGCCUGUAACAGAAAAUGUCAAUGCCAUACAAAAGAUACGACCACCCAAGAAAUAUUAUUCAUCAGAAACGUAUAAUUUUGUAAAUAGUGACGGAAAUAGUUUUAAUAAUGGUAUUGAAUAUGAGAAACCAGCUGCAGCAUCAAUUGUUUUCACAAAAACCAUAAACAAAACCACAUUUGCAACACCUUCCUUACAUGCCAUUAAUGACAAAUAUAAUAUUGCACCAUUGCAAACAGCAUCAUUAAAUAUAGAUGCCAGCGAUAGUAAUAAAGACAAUGCAACUCCAUUAGUAACAACAUCAGCAUCGACAUUAUCACCAUUAUCAUCGUCAUCAACAUCAUCAUCUGCAUUAUCAGCAACACCAACAAUCAACAUUCAUUCAUCCGUUUCAUCAAGCCAUCAUUCGUUAAAUGGAGACAAUACAAGUGGAAAUAUUGCUCAAGGUGUUAAUAGUAAUGAUGCAACUGCCAUAAUUAUAACAAAAUUACUCAAUAGACAACCUAAUCCUCAUUACAAACAUCGUCGUAAUCAUCAUCAUACUAAGCGUAUUAAUUUAAACCGACAACGUCAACGUUCUAAAACGUUUGUUAAAGUUGUGGAACAGCAGCAGCAACAACAACAACCAGCAUUAGAACAUCAGCAACAUUAUAGUUCUACGGAAGAGUUAUUUCCUAUAGAAACACAACAUAAACAACAAAAUAAUCCACAAAUUUACCAACAACAGCAACAACCUGUCAGACGUCAAUUGAUAGCACCACCACCAGCUCCUCAUAAUGUACCAGCACCACCCUGUGAUAGUACCAAAUACGAUUGUAAAAAUGUUCACAGAGAAGUACGUUCGGAUGUAGUACAAAGUGCUUUACAGAUUCCCAUUGGUAUUUUACAAUCUCUACAAAAUAGUUUGGGCAAUUUUGGAGCUGCUCCCAGAAACAACUAUUAAUAAGAUAUUUUUAUAUAUGAUGGACCUUAAAAAUUACUCAAUAUAUUUAAUAAACGAUAUAUCUUUAUAAAUUUAGCAAGAUAA